CACUCCCUAAAAAUGAUCUAAAAGUCCUCUUUCUUGGCUUCCGCCACCCGCCCGCCACCGCUUUCUCGAGUCGCCCUUUCCCAGUUUCCAUCCUCUCGCUUCGGGCGAUUUCUGGAUCCAUGGUGUUCUUCCGGAGUGUUGCGGCGCUCUCGAAGCUACGCUCUCGUCUGGCACACCAAUCCACAUCGUUGGGUUCAAUCCGAUGGCUGCAAGUCCAGAGCACAUCAGAUCUUGAUCUUCAUGCUCAAUUGAAGGAUAUGAUUCCAGAGCAACAGGAAUGCUUGAAGAAACUGAAAGCAGAACAUGGAAAAGUUCAACUUGGAAAUAUCACUGUAGACAUGGUCAUCAGUGGGAUGAGGGGAAUGACAGGUUUGCUUUGGGAAACUUCAUUACUUGAUCCUGAUGAGGGGAUAAGAUUCAGAGGGCUUUCUAUUCCUGAAUGUCAAAAGCUAUUGCCUGCUGCAAGCCCCGGAGGGGAGCCAUUGCCUGAGGGUCUUCUAUGGCUUCUUUUGACCGGAAAGGUACCUAACAAAGAGCAAGUCGAUGGGCUGUCUGCAGAAUUACAGAGCCGUGCAAAAGUUCCAGAUAAUGUUUUUAGAGCAAUUGAUGCUCUCCCUGUCACAGCUCAUCCAAUGACACAGUUCACUAGUGGAGUUAUGGCACUUCAGGUUGAAAGUGAAUUUCAAAAGGCAUAUGAGAAAGGGAUGCCAAAAACAAAGUUUUGGGAGCCAACAUAUGAAGAUUCUAUGAAUUUGAUUGCUCGGCUUCCAACAGUGGCUUCCUAUGUCUACCGGAGAAUUUACAAGGAUGGUCAAAUCAUACCUGCCGAUAGUUCUUUGGAUUAUGCAGCAAAUUUUUCUCACAUGCUUGGGUUUGAUGAUCCCAAAAUGCUUGAGUUGAUGAGACUGUAUGUAACUAUACACAGCGAUCACGAAGGUGGAAAUGUUAGUGCACAUACUGCUCAUCUGGUCGGCAGUGCUCUUUCAGAUCCUUACCUUUCGUUUGCAGCUGCACUGAAUGGUUUAGCUGGACCACUUCAUGGCUUAGCUAAUCAGGAAGUUCUUCUGUGGAUAGAAUCACUUGUCAAAGAAUGUGGAGAGGACAUUACAACUGAUCAGUUGAAGGACUAUGUUUGGAAAACAUUAAAAAGUGGCAAGGUUGUCCCUGGUUAUGGGCAUGGAGUUCUACGGAAGACAGCAAGAUAUACAUGCCAAAGGGAAUUUGCAUUAAAGCACUUGCCUGAUGAUCCAUUUUUCAAGCUGGUCUCGAAGUUGUAUGAAGUCGUUCCUCCUAUACUUACUGAGCUAGGCAAGGUCAAAAACCCAUGGCCCAAUGUUGAUGCUCAUAGUGGAGUUCUGCUGAAGUAUUUUGGAUUAUCUGAAGCAAGGUAUUUCACUGUUCUAUUUGGAGUCUCAAGAAGCAUCGGGAUAGGCUCCCAGCUCAUAUGGGACCGAGCACUUGGUUUACCACUCGAGAGACCAAAGAGCGUCACCAUGGAUUGGCUUCGAACUUAUACGAAGGCUACGUGAGUUUCACUGCACCCCCAGUUGUUUUGAGAUUAAUUCCUGUUUAUUUGCUUUUGUUUUCCAAUAAGCGGCAUAAUGCCAGAAACUUAUAAUACGAGCCAACAUGAUGUUUAGGGAGGAGUACUUCCGUUAUCUUGGUUAAUUCUUUUUGUUUUAUCAUUCAUAAGAGCCACUAAUUUGAUGGAUGGAUCCUGAGCAACUCGGAUCUUUUUAGCUUCA